AUGCCAAGCAAGAUUGUCAUCGUCGGCGCCGGUUUCGCUGGAGUAUGGAGCGCCCUCUCAGCCCAACGCCUCAUCAAGCUCAGGAAUAAAGAACAAGACAUUGAGAUUCUCGUCAUCGCACCCGAACCAUGGUUAACCCUCCGACCACGUCUCUAUGAAUCCAACGCUUCAACCAUGAAGCAGUCCCUCGCGCCGCUCUUCAAGGAUGCUGGUAUUGGCUUCCUCCAAGGUACCGUCGAAACAAUUGACACCAAGUCGCAAACUGUUCACGUUCGAUCUUCAGACGAUGAGUCGGACGUUCAUUUCGAUCGACUUAUUCUAGCAGCUGGAAGUGCAGUUGUACGACCAAAGAGUGUCGCAGGUCUUGAGCAAUAUGCGUUUGACAUCGACACUCUCGCCGCAGCCACCAAACUCGAGGCUCAUCUCAAAAGUCUAGAGUCCCUUCCAGCCAGCAAAAGUCGCGACACUGUGGUUAUUUGCGGCGCUGGCUUCACUGGAAUUGAAAUGGCAACAGAGCUCCCAAAUCUACUCAAGAAUAUCACAAACCCCAACAUCGUCCUUGUCGAGAGUGCUCCAGAUGUUGGCCCUGAACUUGGAAAAGGUCCUCGGCCCACCAUCAUGAAAGCUCUGGAAAGUCUUGGAGUUGAACUCAAGCUUGGAGCUGCAGUUACUGCGGCUGACGCAAAUGGAGUACAGCUCAGUUCUGGUGAACACAUCGAUACAAUGACUGUUAUCUGGACCGCUGGUAUGCACGCAACAUCUUUGACACAACAAAUCCCUGGAGAAAAGGAUACACUUUCCCGUCUCUACGUAGACCAAGAUCUUCGUGUAUCAGGCUGUGAGAACAUCUUUGCUACAGGUGACGCCGCUCAUGCUAUUACCGAUACAAAAGGGCACAUCGCUUUAAUGUCCUGCCAACACGCCCAAAUCCUCGGCCGUUUCUCAGGCCACAACGCAGCAGCAGACUUACUGGGUGAACCAACUAUCCCAUACUCUCAGCCCGGAUACACUACAUGUCUUGAUCUUGGACCAUGGGGCGCAGUGUUAGCUCACGGCUGGGAAAGAGAUGUAAAGAUGACAGGAAAAGUCGCAAAGCAGGUAAAGCAGUAUGUCAAUCGGAAAUUGAUCUUGCUACCACAGGAUGCUAAAGAGGCAAUGGACGCUGCGGCUCCUGCGGAUUAUAGUAUUGAGAGUCUUUACAAGAGUGUUUUCAGUGCACUUGGUUGGAUGUGGAGUAAUUGGGAGAGUACUUUUGGGCUGAAGUAG